GCAGUGCCUUCCCACCGCCGCCCCGCCCGCCCCCGCCGAGCCGAGCCGAGCAGAGGGCGGCGGCGGCGGCUGCUGGAGCGGCCGGGGAGGAGGAGGCGGCGAGGAUGGCGGCGGCGUCCUGGGCGCGGCGGAGAUGAGCUCCAGCGGCCCCGGGCCCAGGGCGGCGCGGCCGGAGUGGGCGGGGGGUCCCGAUGCAGGCCCGAGGGGGGCCAUGGGGCAGGUCCUGCCGGUCUUCGCCCACUGCAAAGAAGCUCCGUCUACAGCCUCUUCUACCCCUGAUUCCACAGAAGGAGGGAACGACGACUCAGAUUUUCGGGAGCUGCACACAGCACGGGAAUUCUCGGAGGACGAGGAGGAGGAGACUACUUCGCAGGACUGGGGCACCCCCCGGGAGCUGACCUUCUCCUACAUUGCCUUCGAUGGUAUAGUGGGCUCCGGGGGCCGCAGGGAUUCAGCUGCCCGCCGCCCCCGGCCCCAGGGCCGUUCAAUCUCAGAACCACGAGACCCGCACCCUCAGCCCGGCCUGGGCGACAGCUUGGAGAGCAUCCCCAGCCUGAGCCAAUCCCCAGAGCCCGGACGCCGUAGUGAUCCCGACACUGCUCCCCCGGCCGAGCGGCCCCUGGAGGACCUGAGGCUCCGGCUGGACCAGCUGGGAUGGGCGCCCCAGGGAGCGGGAUCCGGGGAGGACUCUGCCACCAGUAGCUCCACUCCACUGGAAGAUGAGGAACCCGAUGGAUCGGAGGUGGGAGAAGCUGGGGAAGCAUUGGACCUACAACUCCGACUUGCUCAAUCCUCACCGCCAGAGGUCUUGACUCCCCAGCCCAGUCCGGGCUCUGGGACCCCCCAGGUGGGUACGCCGUCCCCACCUGGAUCCCGAGAUUCGAACUCUGGUCCUGAUGAGCGCUCACUGGAAGCCGAAGAACCCCAGCUGGAAUGGGAGCCAAUCAGGGGACAGUGCCUGGAUAGCACGGACCAAUCAGCAUUCACGUUGGGGCCACACCUUCUAGUGGCCGACCUGCUGUACUGGAAGGACACGAGGACGUCGGGAGUGGUCUUCACAGGCCUCAUGGUCUCCCUCCUCUGCCUCCUGCACUUUAGCAUCGUAUCCGUGGCCGCCCACGUGGCUCUGUUGCUGCUCUGCGCCACCAUCUCUCUCAGGGUUUACCGCAAAGUGCUGCAGGCCGUGCACCGGGGGGAUGGCGCCAACCCUUUCCAGGCCUACCUGGAUGUGGACCUAACCCUGACUCGGGAGCAGACGGAACGUUUAUCCCAGCAGAUUGCCUCCCGCAUGGUCUCUACGGCCUCGCAGCUGCGGCAUUUCUUCCUGGUAGAAGACCUCAUGGACUCCCUCAAGCUGGCCCUUCUGUUCUACAUCUUGACCUUCGUGGGUGCCGUCUUCAAUGGUUUGACCCUUCUCAUUCUGGGAGUGAUCGGUUUAUUCACUGUCCCUCUGCUGUACCGGCAGCACCAGGCCCAGAUCGACCAGUACGUGGGGUUGGUGAACAGUCAGUUGAGCCACAUCAAAGCUAAGAUCCGAGCUAAAAUCCCAGGGACCGGAGCCCUUGCCUCUGCAGCAGCCACAGUCUCCGGAUCCAAAGCCAAAGCCGAAUGAGAAGGGCGUCCCUGUGCCCCCACUCCCAGCAACCCUCUGCCCCCCUUCCUCUCCCUUCCCUCCCCACCCUCUCCCCUUCUCGGCCCGAGCCAUUUCCUGGUGGGUGUCAGGAUCACUCACUAGGGAAUCUGCGCAAAUUGCCUGAGCAGCCAGGACUACAUCUCCCAAGAGGCUCUGCUCCAGGAGUCCGGGAAAGGCGAGGCACUUUGGCCGCGGCGCCUGCUGGGACUUGUAGUCGACUAGACAGGGCACCGCCCUGCACUUCUGUGACCCCUGCCGCUGGAAGCGCCGUGAGGGGUUGGUGUCUCCUGGACGCCACUAGCCCCAACGCUGGGGCUUUGCAUGGGGCCCAAAGGAGGCCUGAGCUUGGAUUUACACUGUAAUAAAGACUCCUAUGGAAAA